UACAAUCUUGUUGCACGUGGUCGGACGAAGAUGUAGUUUGUUUUUGUCAGAGCUAUCAUGGAUAAGGAUGUAAUAGAUUGGGAAUGUGAUUCGGAGGAUUAUCAGUCUGACGACUCCGAUAUUAAUUUUAUUCCCGGUUACAUGAUCGAAUGUUCUGAGGUUAGAAAUUCUAACAAAGAUUUUAAUCAAGAAAACGUGGGCCUAGCAUAUGCUGACGAGCCUUUGGCAGACGAAGAGUGGUUGGAAAAUUACAACAGUCAGGAACAAAAACGUUUAGAACUACAAGAAAAGCUCGGCAAAAGACUGGACGGCUCUGUAAAAGUGGACGAGUGGUGUCAGUGCGGAAAUUGUGAUGUGACGCUACUCGUAAACAAUAACGAAUGCCAUUGUUGUUUUGAACUUGAUGGAUGCCAUGAAGCAAUGAAAAGCGACGAAGUGAUUAGCGAUCUCCAAGCCGAAGGUAUAAUUAAUGCGAAAUGCAUCAUUCAACAUCCUGGAUUUAACUCCGUAUGCCUUGAAAAGUGGAGUUUGAAGAUGGCUGCCAGCAAGUUGAAAACGAAAAAUAAAAGCAAAUACACUAGAAGGUAG